CCACACAAUGAAUAUGCGACCGCUGAAACGGCCCCGACUGGGGCCACCGGACGUGUACCCGCAGGAAGCGAAGCAACGCGAAGAUGAGCUAACGUCCACGCACGUUAAACAUGGUUUCGCGACCGAACACAAACUGUCCGAAGAGUUCGGUACCGCUCGCAACUGCAACGUUUCGGCAAGUAAGGUCGGUGCCUACUUUAAUGCGAUUCUAGCGAAGAAGGAGGAACUGAUGACACUACCGGACUCCGGUCGAAAGAAGCAACAGAUCAACCCGAAGGACAACUUCUGGCCGGUAACUGCGCGUAACAAAACGACCCUUGAUACGUGGUUCAAAGAUCUGGCUGGUACGAAACCAUUGAGCAGUUUGGCGAAGAAAGCUCCGUCGUUCAACAAAAAGGAGGAAAUAUUUGCCAUGCUGUGCGAAAAUCAGGUCACAAUGCAGCGGGCCUCUUGGUUCAUUAAGCUCAGCUCGGCGUACACGGUAGCGGUGUCCGAGGCAAAGAUAAAGAAGCGUCAAAUGCCCGAUCCGGCCACCGAGUGGACCGGUACGAUGAUAAAGUUCAUGAAGGAUCUCGUACCGAAGCUACACGAGCACUACCAUCAGGGUCCGCUGCAGGAGAAACCGUCCACAGGUGGUACGGGAAGUUCGAGUGGAAUGGGCGGUGCUAGCGGCGGUCUUGGAAUGGGUUCUGGGGCUGGAGGAACGAAUCCGUCAACCAUUCCGCCACCGCUAUCCAGUCCGGCCGGUAGCAUGCAUAGUCCAGCUGGUGGAAAUCCUGUCGGUGGACAGAUACACGGACAGCAGCAACAACAGCAACAGCAGCAGCAACCGAUUUCCCCACAAGAAGAGCAACGGAUAGCACAGAGACAGUGGAGCUACAGUACCCAGCUGUGCAAGUACAUGUACGAGGAAGGAUUGUUGGACAAGCAGGAGUUUCUGAACUGGAUUAUCGAUUUGCUGGAAAAGAUGAAGUCUUCCCCGAACGCGGACGAUGGUUUGCUGAGAAUUUAUCUCCCGCUGGCCAUGCAGUAUUUGUACGACUUUGUCCAAUCAGAACGCUUCUGUCGUCGGCUGGCGUACGCGGUGUCGAAAAAGUUGGCCCAACUCAUAAAUCAAAUGGCCGAGAGUCACAACAUCAAUCUGAAUUCAUCCGAUUCGGACGGAAAUGGGAAACCAGCGUCAAUUGAGAUGUCCGAUGGUAAACAGGAAAAGCAGCAUGACAAACCAUCCAAAGAGGGCACGACCGGUUCGGGAGCGCAACCUGCAGAUACCGUGCCACCGAAGGUGAAUCCGUACGAGAUGAUUUUCACCGAAUAUCUGCAUUGUUCCCAUCAUCGGGAUGUAGUGCUGCAGCUAUCGUCCAUUCUGCAGGUCAUAACGCUCGAAUGUCCAACUGCGCUUGUGUGGUGUGGAGUCGGUGAAACACGUUCCUCGUCCGUGCUUUCUGGCAGUCCACUGGAUCAUCUGCCAGUAGCACCAUCCGCCUUACCGAUGCCAACCCGGUACGAGCAAUCGAACGAAGACAUUCGUCGGCAACUUUUCGAGGCUGAGGAAAGCAUUAAGGUGCGCUCGAGGCACGCCGAAUCACGCUGGUGCAUCGACAAGUGGCAAACGGCGGCUGGGAACGCUAGCCUGAAAAUAUUGGCCACACUAGACGCGCUCGAUGGACACUGUUUCGAUCGGAUGGAUUCAAACAAUUCGCUCGACUCGUUGUACUCGAAGAUAUUUCCACCGUUUCAGGUGCAACAGAUAAAACCCACGGAAAGUAGUGCCGGAACUGGUGGCAGUAGUGGACAAGGUAAUGGGGUGGCCGGUGGAGCAGCGGAUGGGAAAGAUGCCGCAACGAAGCAGUUUGAAUACAACGUGGAACAAGAUUCUUCGAUUGUGAAGAUUCUUUGCGAGUGGGCCGUCUCGUGGCAGCGUUGGGGAGAACACCGAGCGAUGGUCGUGGCCUGGCUGCUUGAUAAACGGCAGAACGAAGUGUUGACGGCACUAGAGAACGAUAGCUACACCAACAAUUUAAACAAUUCGGAUGAUAAAGACUCGGUGCUGUCGGGCAGCGGGCUAAAUGGAGGUCAACCCGUAUUUCAGCAUAUUCUGAUGAACUUCCUAGAUCACGAUGCACCGGUCCUGGAGGAAGCGGGCAGUUCACAGAACAAAUCUCAGUUUACAAAUCUCGUACAUUUAUUCAGUGAGCUUAUCCGUCACGAUGUGUUCUCGCACGAUGCUUACAUGUGUUGUUUAAUAUCGCGUGGAGAUCUGCUGACGGGUGCCGGUGGUAUGUUGUCACUCGAUAGCCAUGGGAUUUGUAAUGCAGGACUCGGCACUGGGCCAAUUUCGAACAAACCGGCCACUAGUUCUUCGCCCAACAAUGGCGGCGGCAUGGAAGAUGAUGUCUUACAAACGGAUUUUAAGGCAAAACUGGAAGAUUUGGAUGAUUCGAACGUGGAUGACGAUCUGGACAAGCUGUUGCAGCACAUUAAGGAGGAUCAGCAAAACUCGAUGGAUGCACCGGACAGUCCGAAAGAUCCGGAACAUGCAGCUCCUUCUGUAACGGGACUGGGUAAAGCGGAGUCUUCAAGCCGUCACUUCCUGUACACGGAACACUUCCCACUUUGCCAGGAUGAUCCCAUCUCCCAGCACGACUGCAAUCAGCGCUACAUCCUGCUGUACGGUGUGGGAAAGGAGCGGGAUGAAAAGAAGCACGCGGUGAAGAAAAUGUCCAAGGAAAUCUGUAAAUUGUUUUCGAAAAAGUUCAGCAUCGAUGUGGCCGAAGGUGGCAAAGUGAAGAAACAUUCGCGCAGCGAGUUUAACUUCGAGUCCACGUCGAACAAAUGUCAGGCGAUGUCGUACUUUGACCAGCACGUCGUCACCUGGCAGUGUGCGGUACAGGUGCAGGAAAUGCUGAACGCGUUUGCCAUCGGCAACAGCAACUAUCUUCCGGUGCAGGAGCACGUCGCGUUCCUGUUCGAUCUGAUGGAGUCGGCGUUCAACAUUUACGGACUGAUCGAUACCUGCAUACAGAUUUUGCGUGAGCUGCCCGAAGUGGAGUUGCAGUUGAUCGGCAAAAGUUCGAUGGCGCUGGUGCGUAGCUACACGACCUCGCUCAGUCUGUACGUGGUGGGUGUGCUGAGACGGUACCAUUGCUGUCUGUUGCUAUCCCAGGAACAAACGACCGCAAUCUUCGAAGGACUGUGUCGCAUUGUGAAGCACGUCAGCAAUCCGAGCGAUUGUAGUUCGGCGGAGCGGUGCAUUCUGGCCUAUCUGUACGAUCUGUAUUCGGCCUGUUCGUCGCUAAAAUCCCGUCCCCAGCAGGAACCGUUUCACAAUGCAUACCCGAAGAUUAAGCAAGCUUUGUACACCCCGCUCCAGCCAACGCCCUCCGCACAUACGUACAAUCCGCAGUUUAUGAUCGAAAUCAUCACCAAUCCACGGCGUGGUGGAAAGAUAGAAAGUGGCUGGGCAAGGCAGCUGAACGAAUCUGCCUCCAACCGUUACAGCUUUGUGUGUAACGCCGUGGUAGCAGUUACGCGUGACAUCGACAACGAUUGUCUGAACGAUAUUGCGGCGAUGUGUGCCGAGCUUACGGCGUGCUGCAAUUCGCUCAGCACGGAAUGGCUCGGUGUGUUGAUUGCUCUGUGCGGUUCGAACCGUGAUGCCGGCUACUAUGUGGACGUGUUGACACAGGUGGACGUCCAGAAUACGAACAUCCACAACGCACUGUCCGUGUUUACGAGCAUCCUGGUGGCGAGACAUUGCUUUUCGCUGGAGAACUUUGUCGCACACGUGGCCCUUCCAUCGCUGGUGCAAGCCUGCAAAGGACGGGGUGAAACGACGCCAGAAAUUGAAGCAGGCGCUCGACUGUCCUGUCAUCUGCUGCUGCGUCUGUUCAAAACGAUCGAAUGUCCACAGCCGGGUUUGUACUCGGUCAGCACAUCACCCAAUCCAAUAACGGUCGGUAACGCGCACAACAUCAAGCUAAGCUGCGACCGGCAUCUGCUAGCGGCGGCACACAAAAACAUUGGCGUAGCACCGGUGCUGGCCGUGCUGAAGGGCAUUCUCGUGGUGGGUGAUGCAACCGCACACAAGGUUUCGUCGAUAUUUGGUACCGGAAAGCGAAGUGGACUCAACACACCGGUACAUCCGGGCAGCACACCGAAGAGUAUGGCUGGUUCGGGUGAUUUGAGUCACAUUCUGGGGACAAGCGAUCUCUCCAUACUUGGGAAUCCGGAUGAAUCGAUGCUGGAUGUAUCGAUGAUCGAACUGGGGGAUAUGUCUCCAACCGCAUCCGCUCGAUUAUACUCUAGCAGGUGUGCGAAUGGGCAACAGAACUCACAUCUGAAUCAGGAGAACGCGACUAGUUUGUCGGAUUUCGCGCAACAUGUGCUUCGCCAAAUAUGUUCCCAGGAAUGGGUCCUGGAACGUUGCCUUCAACAUGCGGAAGAACUGUGUCAGCACGGUAUGCUGAUUGAUAAUCUUUUAACAGCGAAGCAAGCACAACGAUUGCUGCACAUGAUCUGCUAUCCGGAGCACGAAUCCAAUCUAAUCGCCGAACUGGACCAGAAGGCGAUCAUUGUACGCAUACUGGAAAAUCUGGAGCAAUGGUCAUUGCGCAUAUCCUGGCUUGAUUUGCAGCUCAUGUUUAAGCAGACUAACUGCAGCUCGCCGGAUUUGUCCAACUGGUUGGAUAUGGUUGCAAGGGCCGCUAUCGAUGUGUUUCGCGUGAAUGAGUUUGUGCUAAGCAAUCCGGAGGUGAAGCAAGAAAAGAUCAAACCUUCCACCUGGUUGGUGGCUCCAUUGGUUUCGAAGCUGCCGAGUGCGGUUCAGGGAAGAAUUUUAAAAGUAUCGGGCCAAGUGUUGGAAAGCACGAGCAUGUUUAGCAAGCACAAAGAUGGCAAUGGGGGUAAUAGUAGUAGCAACAAUAACAGCCACAACCAUGGAGCGAAUAGUAACAGUUCGGUUAGCUCGAAUGGUAGUACCUUUGGGGGUAAAAAGUCUUCUCAACUGAACCAUCAACCAUUCUUGGGAUUGGUGCUGACAUGUUUGAAGGGUCAGGAUGAGCAGAAGGAGGGAUUGCUGCAAUCAUUGUACUCUCAGUUAUCGCAAUUCCUACAGAAUCGGGACCAAAGUCUCGAAACCAUCGGAGGCAUUGAAGAUCCUUGUGGAUUUGAGAAGAUGCUCGAUGCACUGCAAUUGCGUUACUCGCUUGUUGGAGGACUAUUCGAUGCAAUAAUGAAAAAUGCCACCUCUACAACGGACUGGGCGAUUUUGUUUGCCCAGCUCAUCAGCCAGGGUGUGAUUGAUUUAAGCAACAAUUCAGAACUCUUUACUACAACGCUCGAUAUGUUGGCCACAUUGAUACAUUCAACGCUGGUCAGCGACAGCCAGACGGAGCGCGAUGAGAACAAGAAAUUGUACACCAAUCUCAUGAAGAAACUGCGCAAGGAGCUUGGCGAUAAAAAUGGCCCUUCGAUCAAAUACGUACGCCAGCUGUUGCCACUGGCAAAGCAAACGUGCGAGGUACUAACGUGCGAUUCGGCCGGUUCGUCCACGGAUGCCAAGGGCAAUAAAAUCGCUAUUGACAGUAUCGAAAAGAAGAACGGCCUGCGAUUAGGCGAUAAGCAGCGUGUGAGCGUGUGGGAUCUCUUGGAAGGUCACAAAAAUCCGGCACCCCUGUCCUGGGCUUGGUUUGGAGCGGUGAAAAUCGAACGUAAACCAUUAGCGUACGAAGAAACACAUCGUUUGCUAAAGUACCACACGCACAGUCUGUACAAACCGAGCAGCUACUACUACGAACCGCUUCCUUUACCACCCGAGGAAGUAGAUCCGUUGCCCGACAAGCUUAAAGACGACAUGAAAGCUGACACACCUUCAUCCGAUCAAUCGCCGGCACCAAGUACGGGCUCCAAGAAGAGCAAAACGACUCGCAAAAGAAAACCCAAAGCAACGCCAGCGGCACAGGUACAGCAAAGCCAGCCACAACAGCAACCGAUUAUGCCAGCGAUUGUACCGCAAACUGCUGCAGGGCCUCAGCAAUUGCAGCAAAUGCAACAACAGCAGCAGCAGCAACAACAACAGCAACAACAGCAACAGAUGCAGCAGCAAACAUUGCAACAACAACAACACUUGCAGCAACAACAGCAACAACAGUUGCACCUGCAACAACAACAGGCUCAACAACAACAACACUUACAGCAACAACAACAACUUCAACAGCUACAGCAACAACAACAGCUACAACAACAACAGCAACAGCAGCAACAGAAUCAAAUGAUGAUGCAACAACAGCAACAACCGAACAUUUCUCAGCAGCAACAAUCAGCACUGCAACAACAGCAGCAGCAGCUUGGAUCGCAACAACCACAGCAACAGCAGGUUGGCAUGACACCGCAGCAAACGCUGCAGCAGAUGCAAAACAACAACAUGGGAUCCAUGCAAAUGGGCGGACCGAUGAACUCGAUGAGCCAACAACACAUGCAACAACAGUACGGUCAAGCCAACCCGGGCCAACUGGUUGGGCAAGGAAAUAUUGGAGGAAUGCAAGGGGGUAUGGGUGCACUGGGUGGUGGAAUGGCCGGUGGAAUGUUGAGCCAACAGCAGCAACAACAACAACAACAGCAGCAACAACAGCAACAAGCUCCACAGCAACAACAACCUCAGCAAGCGCAACAAGCACAGCAACAAGUUCAGCAACAACAGCAGCAACAGCAACCUCAAGGCAAUCCAAAUAUGGGCUUCGUCGGAAACGUAAACCCUAUGGCACAGUUGGCUCAACAGCAGGGAGGCAAUCAGCAGUGGGGCGGAUACGGUUCCAUGCAACAACAACACCAGCAACAGCAACAACAGCAACAACAACAGCAGCAGCAACAGCAACAACAACAGCAACAACCUCAACCACAAGUUCAACAACAGCAGCAACAACAACAGCAACAACAGCAGCCAACGCCCCAGCAAGCUCAGCAGACAUCACAACAGCAAGUCCCUCAACAAGGACCUCAGCAAGGUGCGCAGCAAGGACCACAGACACAGCAGCAGCUGCAACAGCAACAACAACAGCAGCAACAAAUGUUCUAUUCCGGCAUGGGUCAAGCAACGAUGAAUCGGUUCGAUCGGCCACAGUUGAACACCAACUCGAAGCAAGCUCUCUCGAACAUGCUACGCUCCAAGCUGCCCAUCAACUCGGGUCAUCCGGCAAGUUUCAUGCAGCAACAGCAGCAACCGCAGCGCAAUCCUCAGCAACAACAGUUCAUGCGUGGUCCACUGCGUGCCGGUAUGCCGGGCAAUCCGAUUGUCGGCGCACAGGCGGGCAUGGGACCGAUGAAUCCGGCCAUGGCCGGUGGGAACGCUGGCAUUGGUGCAACCGGGGGUGGUGGUGCGGUAAUGGGCGCCCAGGGUAUGAACGCCGGUGGCAUGAUGGGAGCUCAGCAGGGGGCUCAGGGCCAACAAACGACCGGUGGCAUAAUGAAUCAAAAUGCUCCGGCCAUGAUGGGCACUACCGGGGGUUCGAUUAUGGGCCAGUCCGGUGGCAGUAUGAUACAGACGAGCAUGAUGGGUGCGCAGCAGAACCCAACGCUGGUUGGACAAGGCAUGGGAAGUGGUGGUGGUAUCGGUGGAGGAGCCGGCGGAAUGACGGGAAACAGUGGCAUGGGUGGAAGUGCGACCGGUAUGGGAGGAAGUGGCAGUGGAAUGGUAACAUCGGGCGGUAUGGUCACUGCUGGAAUCGGUAAUGCAACACCGAUGGGUGGUGGACAGGGUGGUAUGGGUGGGAACAGUGGAAUGCCGAAUGCUGGUGGCAUGGGAAAUCCGGGCAUGGGGAAUCCUGGUAUGGGCAUGCAGAAUAUGCAGCAGUCCGGCAGUAUGCAGGGUGGCAUGUUCCAGGGACAGAAUGUACCGUACCAGAACGUGAACCAGAACUAUCCUAACUACGGCAACCAGGGUAUGGGACAGCAGGGUGGACAGGGUGGCGGUAUGAUGGGUAACUUCAAUCAGAUGGCACAGCAACAGCGCAAUACGCAGGCGGAGUUCUUGGCGCAACAACGCGCUGCAGCAAUGGCGGCCGGUCGGGGUCAGUACGCUCAGCAUGCUCCGAACGUAACGAUGAGCAAUAUGGGUGUGAAUCAAGGUGCAGUUCCACCGUACCCACGGCAGGGUGGGAAACCGGGCGUUGGAAGUAAUAUGCCUCAGAAUCAGCAACAGUUUCAGCAGCAACGGAUGCGCUUGAUAAUGCAGCAGCAUUCAGGUAUGGGACAAGGGGGUAAUGCGCAAGGUAUGAUGCAGAAUCAAGGGCAGGGCAUGAGCACGCAGCAAACGCCCAAUCUGGUGGCUCAGUUGCAGCGCCAGAUGCCCAACCAGAACAACAUGAUGGGUCAGCAAUAUCCUCAUCAGCCUCCGCAGUAUUAA